CUCUUCCACCACACCUUCAACCUCAUUUGAGCAAGCUAGAUUAUUCCACAACCCUCUUCCAAGAAUCCCACACCUCUUUUUAGAAGAGAGAUUGAGCUAAAGUGAGAGACGGCCAGGGAAAUCAAUCAGAAGUCUUCGUCUUCUUCAAUCAGUUUACAGGCGGCCAUGGAUUUUCAGAUCCUUGGCCUCUGCAAGCUGGUAUUUUCAACUGUUUUCUUGUUCUUUGCUUUAGUGGGCGCUGCUACAUUGCAAACAAAUCCAUCCAGAAAUCAUCACUUGGGCGGGUCAGUCUCGGGUGCCCAGAUCAAUUCCAACUCGGUAUUGGUCGCCCUUUUGGAUUCACACUACACUGAGCUAUCGGAGCUUGUGGAGAAGGCCCUUCUUCUCCAGACUCUCGAAGAGGCAGUUUCUCGCCACAAUAUCACCAUUUUUGCGCCCAAAAACGAGGCUUUGGAGCGGGAUUUGGACCCGGAAUUCAAGCGGUUUUUACUUGAACCCGGGAAUCUCGGGUCAUUACAGAACCUGCUUCUCUUCCACAUGAUUCCCGCUCGCAUUGAGUCCGAGCACUGGCCGGUCGACUCUCAGGGCAGUCUGAAUCACGCAACUUUAUUCCGAGACGCCGGCGGCGAUGAGAAUCUCGUUGUGUCUAUGAAUAAUGGCCAGAGAGAGGUCAGUGCGGCUAAGGUUCUUCGGCCGGACGAUGUCGUUCGUCCCGAUGGCGUCAUUCACGGGAUAGAGCGGGUGUUGAUCCCCAAAUCGGUGCAGCAACAUUUCAACAACAGGAGGAGCUUGAGUUCCAUCUCCGCCGUUCUCCCCACCGGAGCACCGGAGAUAGACACCAGAAACCGCCGAAUCCUGAAGAAACCGACUAGCUCUUCCCCUGCCGGCGCCCCAUCUGGUUUAUCUGUCUAUGACGCCUUGGCCCCGGGCCCAUCACUAGCUCCGGCGCCGGCUCCGGGACCCGGCGCACCCCACCGUCACUUCGACGGAGAAAGCCAAGUCAAGGACUUCAUCCAAACCCUACUGCAUUACGGCGGGUACAACGAGUUCGCCGAUAUCCUUGUAAACCUGACAUCAUUGGCUACUGAAAUGGGAAAACUAGUGUCUGAAGGUUACGUGUUGACGGUUUUAGCCCCCAACGAUGAAGCCAUGGCAAAGCUUAGCGUCGAUCAGCUUACCGAUCCCGGUGCACCGGAGAGAAUAAUGUAUUAUCAUCUAAUCCCGGAGUACCAAACGGAGGAGAGUAUGUAUAAUGCGGUCAGAAAGUUUGGAAAAAUCAAGUAUGAUACCCUGAAUUUGCCCCAUAAGGUGUUAGCUGUAGAAGCCGAUGGAUCGGUGAAGUUCGGAGAAGGAGAAGGGUCUGCUUAUUUGUUCGAACCGGACAUUUAUACCGACGGUAGAAUUUCGGUGCAGGGAAUCGACGGUGUUCUGUUUCCGGCGGAACAGAUCAAGGCUGCCCCUGCCACCACUGCUAAGGUCGUUUCAAAACCAACAAGAAGAGGGAAGUUGAUGGAAGUAGCAUGUAGCAUGUUUGAUUUCUCCAGCUGUCAUUAAAAAUCUGUCAAAAGCAUAAGAGAAAUGAAGAAAAACUUCACAUGGCCAAGACUUGAAAUGCUCUUACAAGAAACAAAAAAAGUAGGAUUACAAAAAUGCUCCUGAAUAAAUAGUACGCAUGCAGUUAGUUUCAGUCCAAAGCUUGCGGGCUGAUGAAAAAUAUGAAGAAGAGGAAGCACUCCCAUUCAAGCAAAACCAGUGAAAAGUCCUCCCAAAAAAUGUAGAUGGUAGAGCUGGAAGUAAUUCUGUUCUUGCCUAUAUUUUGUAAUACCUUGGAAUAAAACACUUGUAAUUAAUUAUACAUAUCAUUUUUUUCAUUUGUAUUCAUGUUUAUGUUUUUUGGUAGAAUAUCUAGGACAAUAUUUUGUGUGGAUAUAUGAAACUGCUAUCAAUAUUAUAUAUGGAGUACAUAAAUUCUACAUAUAUAUAAGCAACUCAAGAGCUGCCUCAUUGAAACAUUGUCAGUUCCAUUCUGC